CUUAUUAUAGCGGAAAACUCAUCGGCCUUUGCUUUAUUUUAUUGAUAGGAAUCAAUAGAACAAUGACCUAAUAAAAUUUUAAAAGUGGAAAUUUUGGCUGUAAUUCCCGAUUGGCAGUGAACACUAAUCCAUCUUCCAGUGAAUCGCUUUAAGUGUAGAAAUAAUCUCAUUGAGUUGGUGAUCAUCUCGUAUCCGAGAAAACAUUGUAUUCUAAUAAAAACGAUGAGUGAUGACAUUAGUUUGUUUAUAACGUGAGAUGAAGUUCACUCAAAGCAUUGAUGAUCAGAUCCCUUAUAAGCUUUUGAGUCCGGCUUGUUGAUACCCUGCAUUGGCAAAGACAUCCAUUUAAAUAAGCCGUGUCGUAUAGGCUCUGCACGAUGCGGAAUUUCCAGUUUGCUCAGUGCCGAGGCUCAGUGACUCAAUAACCCGUCGAGAUUCGAGUUCGAUGGGAGCGGUAUCCGUAAACGAUACCCGAUACGCAAUCAGUUUUAUUUGCCCACCGUCGCUUGUCGCUUGUCGCGUGCGGAAUCGCCGAGCUGUAAUUCCCAGUGCGAGAUUCCUGAAAGGUAUGGGUCUGGAAUUGGCCGUGUUUGUGUCGUUAAUCGCCUUGGCCGGCGGCCAGCUUCUGUCGGAGAACUACUGUCCCGACUACUUCCGAUAUAUCAACGAUCCCUUCGAGGGCCUCCAGGGCGAGGUGACGCUGCCCGCCUUCACCCGGGGUCGCAAUCGCAUCGAUUUGCGUUUCUCGCAGCGGGGUGAUGAAGAUGCCUCCGCCGUUGGCCCAGUGACUCCGUAUCCGGAUGAGAAUGCGGUUCGUACCGGCAGGGGGUCCUCCACGUUUCGGAUCAGCCUCCGACCGAAUCCCACCGGUGGUUGGCCCAAGUUGACGCGACUCACCUUCAACAAUCAACUGCUUUGCUCGGCCAGCGAAUACAGACCGCCCAACAGCUUCUUCAACCGCUUCUAUGAGCUUCAGAUCAGUGGAUCGCUGGCGCCGUUGCCUUCUACCGGAUUUAAUCCCUUCCCGAGAGAUGAUUUAGUAUUCUUUCCGGCUGCUCGAGGUAACGAUGUUUGGCCUGAUUUUACGCAGACCUGGCAAACGUCUUCCAGAAUACCUUCCUUUGAAUUGGGACCCCAGUUGGCCACACCACCGCCCACACCGCAGGUGUUCUGGCAAACUUCUGGGACACCCUCAACCACCUCUCAGACUGCAGCAGUAGCACCACCACUAACACCACCACCACCAACACCACCACCACUAACACCUCCACCACCAAGACAAUCACCACCAACACGACGAGCACCACUACCACCGAAAGGAACCAUACCUCCGAUAACGCCGCCACCUGAACGCUUUAAUCCGCGAUCCCCCUCGUCUUCCGUGGCUUGCGGAAGAGAGGGCAGCCUAUUUCCGUACAUCGUGCGGGGCAAGGAGUUCCCACGCGGUAUGUACCCCUGGCUAUCGGCCAUCUAUCACAAGGAGUCGCGAUCGCUGGCCUUCAAGUGCGGUGGAUCUCUGAUCACCACGAGCAUCGUGAUCAGUGCCGCCCACUGUGUCUACCGGAUGGCGGAGGACCGCGUGGUCAUUGGACUGGGCCGCUAUGAUCUGGAAAACUAUGGAGAGGAUGGGGCGGAGAUGCACAAUGUGAUGCGACUGCUCACGCAUCCGGAGUACAACACCCGCCUUCUUUCGGAUGCGGAUAUAGCCCUGAUCACCAUAGAACGCCCUGCCACGUUCAACGACAUUAUUGGCCCCAUUUGCCUUUGGACUGUGGAGGCCAGCAGGACGGUGUCCACAUCCGGAUUCAUUGCCGGUUGGGGCAAAGAUGAGCAGGGACUCUCUAGGACCCAGUAUCCCCGUGUGGUGGAGGCGGAGAUCGCCAGUGCCACGAACUGUGCCAGCAAUUGGAGGGCUUCGAUGGUCACGGAUCGAAGUCUGUGCGCCGGAAACCGGGAUGGAUCUGGACCCUGUCUGGGGGACUCCGGCGGAGGACUGAUGGUCAAGCAGGGUGACCGCUGGCUUCUCCGGGGCAUCGUGUCCACUGGUGAACGAGGAACAAAUGGCACCUGUCAGCUGAAUCAGUAUGUACUGUACUGCGAUCUAUCGAAGCACAUGAACUGGAUAAACAAUAAUAUCCGCUGAGCAUUGGAUUUGCUUUGUACACAAUUAGAUUAAAAAACCCCCAAGCCAAA